UAAGAUGGCUGUCAUUGGUGAAAAUAAGAUAUCUAAAAUGGAUUUUGUGAAAUUAGGGCAAGAUUUAGAGAAUCAAGAACUAGAAGCUCCAGCAGGUGUGGCUACCCCUCAGAUUUAUGGCCAGCUACUUGCUGUAUAUUUACUUCAAAAUGAUACAUGUAAUGCUAAGUUCUUAUGGAAAAGAAUUCCUACGAAUUUAAAAACGGGUGAAUUAAGUUUAGUGUGGGCUGUGGGUCAGAAAGUCUGGCAGAGAGACCAUCCUAGUGUUUACGAUACCUUAAAACAAGAUUGGUCUGAAGAUAUUAAACCAAUUAUGACAGCUUUGAAAGAGACAAUUCAUGAACGAGCAUUUAAGUUGGUAUCAUUAGCCUAUUCAUCCAUACAUAGUGAAGAUUUGGCAGCGUUUAUAGGACUCACUGUUCCAGAGGCUAUUCAAGCUGUCAAGAAUCGAGGAUGGACAGUGGAUGCUCAAUCUAAGAUAAUCACACCUAAAAAGCCAGAAAAAUUGAUUGAUCCACCCCUGUCCAGUGAUCACCAACUGUCCGUUUUAACAGACUAUGUAUCAUUCUUAGAAAAUUAACUCAAAGGUAAUGUGUAUGGGAUACCGAUGUGUUUUCAUUCAAAGACAGAGAUUAUGAUUAGAGCAGGCAUUUAAAAGUAAUUAACAUUUCCAAAAAUGUGUAGAUUGAGUUAAGACUGUGAACUUUGAACUAUAAAACUGUGAGCUGUGAAGGAUUAAUAUUGUGAAGUGUGGAUAUGUUUAGAACAGAUGUAUUGACCUCUAGUUCUAUAUCAAGACUAUUGUUGUCAUUGGUUAAUGUGCGGGCACACAAGCGAUCUUGGUCGAAGAUUUUUGUCGCCUACUCAAAUCUUGAGUAAAAUCUUGUGUGUGUGCCCGUGCUUCCACGACAAGAUUAUCAUGUCACCGACAGGAUUUAUAAUAUCAAACUAGUUUUAUAAUCGUCUCCGGACGUGAUUAUCGAGAAGGUAGAUAACGUCCGAUUGGAAAUUUUUGUCUCCUCGUGUGCCCAUGCUAAAAAAAAGACUCUAAUCGACAUGUAUGCCCGCACCUAUACCAGCAGCUGAAUUUGUGGAUAGUUUUAAGUAAAAAAUUCUGAGAUCAUCUGAUUUAAAGGGAUUGUAAAGAAUAUUUCUAAACUUUUUAUGUGUACACUAUAUAGCUUGAUUUGCACCAUUCCAAAAUCAUCGUUUCUUGAAAAUUUAAACUAAACCUAAGCCUAAGUGACACUGAUGAAAAAUCUAAAGAACAAUUAAUAGUUUUAAAUAUAGAGAAGUAAAGAUAUUUAUGCCAGGGAAAAAUCAAAACAUUAAUUAGAGUGGUCUAUUUUUGGAGGUAGAAUAAAUAAUAUUUGUAACUCUUCAAACCAGAUAUAUUGUUAUAUACCAUCUAAAAAUAUUGAAUAGUCCCAACAUGUACAUAAUUGAAUAUAAUUUUCACAUCAAAAUUCUUAAAAAAAAAUCAUUUCUGCUCCUAAAGAUUGAGAAUUUUCUUUUACAAUUCUUUACUUCUUAAUGCUGUCAUAAGCUAAAUACUGACAAAAUUAUUAAAUUUAAAAAGUUGUGAUUAUUAUUAUAUUGUAUCGUUGGAUGAGUAUCGUUGAGUGUAUCAAAUCACUACUUCAAGAAUGGUUUCAGCCCUGCUAUUAUAGAAAUAUAAUCCACAGAUAAUAGUAUAACUGUUUGAUGUACUAUACUAUGUUUCUUAACAAAUAAUAAAGCUAGGCGUCUGUACAGAUUCAUUUUUAUAUAAAAAGUUCUUAAUAAAACAAAAACCCAACUAUUAAAUAUAACCAUCAUUAAAUUAUACACUUAUAUAAAAGGAUACAGUCAUCUAAAUAUUUGCUUUACCAGCUGAUAGAGCUCAACUUCAGCUAGCUGAAUGCAGAAUGCAGGAGAUUCACUCAGUUAUUUAUACAACUGUAUCCUUUUUAAAAAGAAUUAUCUGCAAUCAUGGGAUCUCAUAUUUUUGGUUUAUUGUGAGUUUUGUGAUGUCCUGGACCUUAAGAUAAGGUUUGGUCAAAUACGAUAUAAAAAAAAUGGACCAUUUGAUUGCGGACAGUUCAACAGUUUCAAAAACUGUUCACAUACAUAUACAUAUAUAAUAUUAAUACAUACAUUAUUCUUUUAUAAGUUAUAACUUAUAUAUAUUUAUAUACAUACAUAAAACUUAUAUAGUAUUAUAUAGGACAAAGAUGUCUAAUUAUGUUCAUUUAACAAGCUGAUACCAAUAGAAUGUUUUGAUAUUUUUGGCAUGAAACAAAUUUGGAAUUGACAAACCUAGAAGUUCCAAAUGGUUGAUGCAUAAAUUUCCAUUCCAGACAUGAAAAUAAUUCUAUAAUUGAAACCUAAAUUGUCCAAAGAGUUCAGUAUAGCUCAUAUGUUGAGCUCAUAUGACAAAACCCAAAAUGGAAUCCAUUGCACAGUUGAAGUUUGAAAUAGAAAUAGCUCAAAAAGAAAUCGACUUAAUCUUCAAGCUCAAAAUACAACAUGUUUCAUUUCCAUAGAAAGAGUUGAAACACAACUCAUUUCAAAGUUGAAGCUCAAUAUGACAUGCAUUUAAUGCUCGAAUUGGACACCUUUCCUGAAGACCAAUAUAAAAUCCAUGUCAAAUUUAAAGCUUAAAAUAAUUACCAAUGUAGAGUUGACAGGUUUUAAAACUUAAAAUAAGCACCAUUGAAGAGUUGAGUAUGUGCUAAGAUGCAGAUAUUAAAUGAAAGUCCAGUAGCUGACUAGAUGAGCAGACGGCCAAGGUGAGAUAACUCCCAGGCUCUAUAUUAACAGUUGUCAAACACAUUCCACUAGCUGGGUUAAACAACUGAGAUCUUCCAUCCUGAAAUUAU